AUGCCACCUCCAGAUGAAAAACAAUGUAUUAUUGCAGAAUCACAUGUGGAAUUUGCUGGACAACCCUUAGCUAUUGUUUUAGCUGAUACGCAAGACCACGCUGAAGCGAUUUCAAGAUCAGUUGUUGUUACUUAUAAAAACAGAAAACCAGCAGUGUAUGAGAUUUCAGAGGCAAUUGAGAAAGAAAUGUUUUAUGAUUCUCCGGAUAGUGUUGUUAUUGAAGAUGCUCCAACUGCAAUAAAAAAUGCUUCACGGAAGUCUCAACGUGAAUCGAAAUAUCAAGGAAUACAAGUCACUACUGAUGUUUGA